AUGAGUGAUCAUCAGAAUUCUGACCAUGAAGAACCUAAAGCAAUUAAUGGUCUUCCGUUUGUCUCAGAUAUUAAAGCACCACCACGGCAAUCUGUUUAUUCAAUAAAAUAUUUUUUAGUGGUUGUCGCGAACAAUUUGGCCGGAUGUAAAAUGUUCGAAAUUGUGCAUGUCGGAAAACAAAAAUUAAUCGGUGAAAUUAUUAGAUUGAAAAAUUCGAAAGCUUUCAUACAGUGUUACGAAAACACGGCUGGACUGCGUUUAGGAGAUCCUGUUAUUCGAACUAAACAGCCUUUAUCCGUCAUGUUGGGUCCUGGAAUUUUGGAAAAUAUUUUUGACGGAGUUCAGCGACCACUAACAGCAAUUCACGAAGCAAGCCAAAGUAUUUUUAUUCCAAAAGGAAUUCACUUGGUGUCGCUCAACAAGACGAAGCUUUAUCCCUGGUUCCCGUCAGAGUCAAUCAAGAUGGGAAACACUUUAUCAGGCGGAGACAUUAUAGGGUUCAUGGAAGAAAAUUCUUUGUUUAAAAAACACAUGAUAAUGAUUCCUCCUAAAAUCUCAGGGAAGCUGGUCAUGUUGAAACCCGCAGGAACGUUCAACAUUGAAGAAGUAUUAGCAGAGCUCAAAACUCCGCACGGAAUCACGGAAAUUAAAGCUUACCAUUAUUGGCCUGUACGAGAACCGCGUCCGACAGUGGAAAAACUGGAAGGAGACUCUUUGUUGUACACAGGGCAACGAGUGCUUGACGCUUUAUUUCCUUCGAUCAGAGGGGGCACAUGUAGCAUUCCAGGAGCGUUUGGAUGUGGAAAGACUUGUGUUUCGCAGGCUGUGAGCAAAUAUUCAAACUGUGACGUCGUUACGUACGUUGGAUGUGGAGAACGUGGAAACGAAAUGGCAGAAGUUUUAUCGGAGUUUCCUUCUUUAACGACUCGAAUCGACGGGAAAAACGUAAACGUUAUGCUUAGAACGAUCCUCAUCGCCAACACCAGUAACAUGCCUGUGGCAGCGCGUGAAGCGAGUAUAUACACCGGAAUUUGUAUUAGUGAAUAUUAUCGUGACAUGGGAUACAAUGUUGUCAUGCUUGCAGAUUCGACAUCGCGAUGGGCAGAAGCUCUCAGAGAAAUCAGCGGAAGAUUAUCUGAAAUGCCGGCAGAUAACGGGUAUCCGGCAUACUUAGGAGGCCGGCUCGCUAGUUUUUACGAAAGAGCCGGCAAAGCAGUUUGCGUUGGCAACCCAAAACGAAAAGGUUCAAUAUCAAUAAUCGGAGCUGUCUCGCCCCCUGGAGGAGAUUUUAGCGAUCCUGUCACAGUUUCGACAAUGAACAUCACGCAGGUUUUUUGGGGACUCGACAAAAAAUUAGCUCAACGCAAACAUUUCCCUUCAGUAAACUGGAACAAAAGUUAUUCCAACUACUUGGACCAGCUCAAGCAGUUUUUCACCAACUUUGACCACCAUUUCUUAGACAAUAGACGCAAAAUUGCGGAAAUUCUUCACAAAGAAAUGGAAUUACAAGAAAUCGUGCAGCUCAUAGGCAAAGACUCGCUGGGCGAAACGUCAAAAUUGGUGCUUGACGUAGCCAAAAUCAUUAGAGAAGAUUUUUUGCAGCAGAACGCUUUUUCAGACUACGAUUACAACUGCCCGUUGGAAAAAACAGCUGGAAUGAUGCACAUCAUCGUUAUGUAUUACGAAUCGAUUAACAAUUUGCUUCAAGACACAUCCAAAAACGACCAGCAACUAUCAUUAGCCGUGAUAAAAGGAAAUAUGAGAGAUUUACUUAACAACAUAUCGGCAAUGAAAUUUCAAGACCCCGCACAAUCGCCAACAGAAUUCAAAAACUAUUUCGAUAAGCUAAAAAGUAGAAUUAACGAGGAAUUAAAAAAAUUAAAAUCAUUAUAA